AUAAACACAAACCCAGGCUUUGUCUUUGGUGCCAUUAAGACUUACCUUGAGUACUAUGAUUGUAGUAUUAAAGUACUCGCUGUGUCGCGUUUUGGCACGUCUACAAUGAUAAGUUACGUGUGCUCGCUGCUAUUACAGGGAAGGUCAGUUGAUAUUUUGGGAGCAGCUAGCUAGCUCCACGUCCCUGUUUGGCGGUCUGGUAACUUCGGCUGUGAGCAGCAUAAGCUGAAGUCUUCGCAGAGGGACAAGGUACGGCAGUUCAUGUCCUUCACACAGGCUGGGGAGAAGACAGCUGUGUACUGCCUCACGCAGAAUGAUUGGAAACUAGAAGUUGCUACCGACAACUACUUUCAGAAUCCAGACCUCUACUGCAAGGAAUCCAUGAAAACGUCAGUAGACCGGAAAAAGCUGGAGCAGCUCUACAAUCGCUACAAAGAUCCCCAGGAUGAGAAUAAGAUCGGUAUUGAUGGGAUCCAGCAGUUCUGUGACGACCUAUCGCUGGAUCCAGCCAGCAUCACCGUGCUGGUCGUGGCGUGGAAAUUUCGUGCCGCCACUCAGUGCGAGUUCACCAAGAAAGAGUUUCUGGAUGGAAUGACAGAGUUGGGGUGUGACAGCCCAGAAAAACUGAAGGCCCUGUUGUCAAGAUUAGAGCAGGAGCUUAAAGAGAGUGGGAAGUUCAAAGACUUUUACCAGUUCACCUUUAACUUUGCCAAAAAUCCUGGGCAGAAGGGUCUUGACUUGGAGAUGGCCGUAGCUUACUGGAACCUGGUUCUGUCGGGACGGUUUAAGUUCCUUGAUCUCUGGAACAGAUUCCUUCUGGAACACCAUAAACGAUCCAUCCCAAAGGACACGUGGAAUUUGUUGUUGGACUUUGGUAACAUGAUCGCAGAUGAUAUGUCAAACUAUGAUGAGGAAGGAGCGUGGCCGGUCCUUAUAGAUGAUUUUGUGGAGUUCGCUCGACCAAUUGUAACAGGAUCAAAGCGUAAAACUCUCUAAAUCCACUCCCAACUCUGGAAAAGCCAGAACCUUGUUUCUUUUACAGUGACUUCAUAGUUUUUUUUAAGACUUGUUCAAAAAAAGUGAAAAUUGUAGACUCCAGAGAGAAAACAGAAGCACUUGAAACUGUCAGGACACCACCCUUCAGGGAGCUGAGUACAAACAUUGAGAACAACUGGCCACUUUUUUUUUUUGCCCUCAUGAGACCGGGGCGUCGUACGGACAUCUGGCGGAUUCACCGUUGUCUGUCCGGUUGGAUUCUCAGCAUCCUGGACGCCCUCAGCUCAGCUCCAGGAGGAGCACAGCCCUGUAUGUGGGGAUGGACACAGCGCUGAGGAGCUUCACUGGCUGUGUGCACUCUCAAGGGACUGGAGAUGAGGAGACCGUGUGUGUUACGCUUUGUUUUGUUAUAUGAAGCUCUGAGCGACUGUGCAAAGUUCCCAAGUCUUACUCUAACUCCGAGUGCUCGUGACACCAGCACCAACAGAACUGUUGCAGUUUUUACUGUACAUACUGUAUCUAUUGGGACAGUUUACAAAGAGAGCUAUAUGAAGAAUAAUAUAAAUACGUUCGAUUUAUAAAUGCAAAAGAUGAAUCUUUUAUGUACAGUACAUGCUUAGAUCUCUAACGGGAUGCCUCAAUAUUGUGGAUGAUACGCUGUUGGUUUAAGUGUUCGGUGGAUCUGUCAUGGAGUUGUGAGCUUCUCAUUGAAAGCAUGUUAAACAUAUUUUACGUCACCAUGAGCAGGUUUCACAAAUGCAUUUUCACUAAAGUAAAGGCAGUGCUUUAAUUUAGGUAACUGAGUUUGGUUUGUGGUUUUCAUUUGUCGGGUUAAUGUCAGUUGGGAGUAUUAAAUCUUACAUGUGACACAGUCCACAUACAGCAGCAAACAUGAGUUACUGUUGAGGAAAAUGUUCUUUUUGUAUCCCUCUGAGGCAUUAAUGAUGCUAAAAUUACUAUUCAGAAGUAUUUAAGUGAAAUAUAAAGUGAAGAACUGAUAAACCCGUAGGAUUGCAUGGCACAUAUCCGUAUGUUAUGGCAGUGCUACGUUCAGAAGCCAGGACGUUAAGGACGGGACGACAAAGUAAGCCUUAAGAAUAAAUAUCUGUCUGUUCAAUAUUUAUAUUUCUGUUCGAGCCCAUCUGUCCAGUGUUACUGAAGGUAGUGAAAAUUAGAAUAUAUUGUUAAAACAUCAUGUAAGUAUAUUGUUCAUUUGAGAAAGAUGAAUAAAGCAUGAGCUUUUCCAUAAUCAUACAUGCAACAAGUUAUUUUGUUAAGACAGAUGAGACACAUUUUAUAUCACACGACAGUACAGCUGCUUGGACAGGAGGGUGUUGGUAAAGCAGUGAUUGACAGAGUGUAAUUUAUAACCAUACUGAUCUGAAAGCUUUAAUAUUACAUUUUUCAGAGUAAUACUCCAUGUUGUUGAUUGUUAAUAAUAAACAAUAUUUAACAAGA